AUGAGUCUGGAUGAUGAUGUUGCUUCAUUGGAAGCGGGAGUUCAUUACGAUGAUGUUUCAGGGGAAGCUGAAAAGGCAACAGAAAAGCUGAACGAGACAAGUGAAAGCCUGGAUGUCAAGAAUGAUGAUGAUAGUUAUGGACUUUUAAUCACAUCCAUGUAUCAUCAAGUUGGAAACAAGUUCCUCUGGGUGAUAAACUAUCCAUCCUUGAUGCUUUGUAUUGCUGAGCAGUGUUAUUCUAGUCCAUUUGAGAUCCGUGGCGUCAAAUGGCAUGUUGUUGUUUAUUUUGACCCUGACUUUUUCAAUCUGGACCUGCGCGUAGCUGAAUCUCAACCAUUGCCUUCUGAAGCUUUAAAAGUUCGCUUGAAGUUAGUAAAUCAAAUAUCCAAAAAGCUAUCCAUAUCCAAAGAUUCUGAGCAUUGCUUUACUAAGAAAUCUCCUACAUGGGGUUUUCACAUCCCUUCUGGAGUCUUCACUGAAGACAGUGGAUUUCUGGUGGACGGAGAGCUAGUCAUUGUUGCUGAGGUUUGUGGUGUAUCAGAUGUAGCUGACGAAUCCACUCCUCAGAGAAAAUUAGUAGAGGACAAUGGGUUUUAUGUUCUUCCCUCACAGGUACAAUCUGUGAGGUUUAUAUUUGAAAGACAGCCUGACGUUGUAGAAGCAUUCCGUUCAAAGAAUCAACAUCUGAGGACAACAUAUAUGAAUUUCCUGCUUGGCUUUAACGAGGCGCUGUACCAGCCAAUUCAGGAGAUCUCAAAUGAAGAUCUGGUGGAAGCGGACAAAGCAAUAUCAUACUUCAAAGACGUGGGAUUUAAGGUUGAUUGGUUGGAGAAGAAGCUGGAACAAGUAAAAGAAAACAAGGAGAAAGAGCUGUCUUGUGAGGCUUCGAGUGCAAGAAGUGGAGGCACAGCUUGA